AUGGCAGCCGACCAACAAAUCACCCUAGCAGACAAGCUCGGAGCACUCCCAGUUGGCAGCCGGCUGCUCCUAGCCAGCACAACCCGACUGCUCUCCCGCCCCUUCUCCUCCGGCCCCCGCGCCAACACGCUCUUCAAAGACGUCAUCUUCGCCGGCUUGCGGAAACAGCUCAGCACCAUCACCACCGGCACCGCGCAAUUCCUAGGCGGCACCACCGAAGCGGCCUACCUGGACUUCGCCAAGAAGCGCGGCUUCCAACCCGACACCGACGUGCUGGGCGACAACGGGCCGCGCCUCUUCUGGUUGGGCAGCAAGUCCGCGGAGAAGGUCGUGCUGUACUGCCAUGGAGGCGGGUAUGCCAUGGCGGGGCACGCGGGGCACUUCGAGUGGUUGGUGGGCUUGCAGGAGCACCUGUCCAAGACGAAGAGCACGAGUGCGGUGGUGAUUGGGUAUACGUUGUCGCCGUAUGGAAAGUAUCCCACGCAGCUCAGACAGGCGGCCGAGGCUUUGCAACAUCUUCUCAAUCAGCAGAAGAAGCCGGGUGAUAUCAUCCUCGCCGGCGACUCGGCAGGCGGAAACAUGAUUUCCUCGUUGUUCUCGCACCUGCUUCACCCGCACCCGGAAGUCGAGCCGAAAAUCACUCUCAAUGAACCCUUACUCGCCGCCGUCUUCAUCUCCCCGUGGACGAGUUGGCGCACAGACGACGAUAGUGUGAAGCGCAACGCCACCAGCGACCUGGUGACGCCUGAAGCGGCCGUACGCUGGCGGACACUAUUUCUAGGCUCCGCUUCAUACGACAACUACAACGAGCCCGUGCGCGGAGACGCAGAGUGGUUCAAAGGGCUGGACAACGUCGUCAAGGACAUUCUCGUUUGGGGAGGCAGCGCCGAGAUCCUCAUCGACAGCAUCGAGGCCUUCGCCAAGAAGCUGCAAGCCAGCCAUCCCCGAACAGAACUCGUGGUCGAGGAGGGAGCGGCUCACGAAGACUUCAUCAUCAGCCUCUUCCUCGGCUACAAGAAGAAGGCGGCAGGCACGAAGGCGAUUGAGGAUUUCCUUGCCCCCAAGUUGUAG